GUCAAUGAUUUAUGUGGUGGCAAAAUCAAACAAAACUGUCUUAUUUAUGAAAUUGCUUGAUGAUUUUCUCAUUUAUGAAAUUGCUUGGUGGCAGCACUAGUUGAUUCAGAUUAUGGGUAUGGUAUCUGUUAGUUUAGGUCAAGUGUCAUGCUGUGUAUAAUAAUUUUUGAAUAUGUUAGUUUAUCCUAUUAAAAAACCUGGGACUAUUAGAGAAUUCAAUGCUUUGAAGGGUUUGAAGCUGUAGGGCAUUUCAUUCUCGGUCCAAUUUCUGACUGGACUAAUUUUUUGUGUUGUGAGAAUAUGGCUAAGGCAAACCUUAUAGGCUGAUCAGUGAUCAGUUUGGAUGUUUUUUUAUAUAUCUAUCUGAUUAUAAAUUUAUAUGCUAUAUGCUUUAGUUCUACAAUGAGUAUGUCAUUGCGAGAUCAUAUUAGAAAGAGGGAUGAAGAAGAUGAUGACAUGAUGUUGUUCUUUCCCUACCUUAUAUAUUAUUGGUUCUACUGGAGGGGUGGGGGGACGUCAUACAUCAGAAGAAACAGGCGAUGUUAAGGUUCGUCAACUCCUUGAGGGACAUGUUAAGAACUGUCAAGUUAAUUUACAUUUAGGAUGGAACCACACAUCUUAAAAGAUGUGGCAACUUAUCUUAGAAGGAAAAGGAUUGUUGUUGAUACGAGGAUUAAGGUGGAGGAGAAGUUAGGUUUCUUCCUAUACAUGUUAAGUCACAACGCCUCGUAUGAGGAUCUUCAAGUGGCCUUUGGGCACAGCAACGACACCUUCCAUUAUCAUAUCAACCACUUCUUCAAGGUGGUCAUUCCUAAACUCUCUCGCUGUUUCCUUCAGCCUCCCGAUCCUAAUCAAGCGCAUCAAAAAUCCAAGAUAAUUUUAGAUUCUAUCCAUUCUUCUAGAAAUGUCUAGGUGCCAUUGAUGGAACUCAUAUUCCUAUUUCCAUAGCCCUUGAGAAAGCUUCUUCUUUUAGAAAUAGGAAGGGCACACUAAGCAUUAACGUGAUGGUGGCAUGCGUUUUCAAUCUCAACAUCAUUUUCAUUUCUAUUGGCUGGGAGGGAUUGGCUACAGAUUCCAGAGUUCUAAGAUCAGCUAUGAGCAAGGGCUUCCAAGUACCUACAGGAAAAUUCUAUCUGGUUGAUGGAGAGUAUGCAAAUACUCCAUUUUUCCUUGUUCCAUAUCGAGGUGUUCGAUACCAUUUGAAAGAAUUUGGGUUGGAUAUCAAAGACCACAGAACCCAAAGGAUGUCUUCAACCACCACCAUGCACUACUCAGGAAUCAUGUGGAAAGGGCUUUGGGGGUGCUUAAGAAGCGAUUCCUCAUUCUCAAAGUUGCCAUAUUCCACAUGUUGGAAAAUCAAGAUUCCUGUCUCUGCUCCCAUCUUCCAUAAUCUAAUCCGAUUACUUCAUGGAGAUGAGGAAUGGUUAGGACAUCAUCCGGAUAUCUCUCCAACAAACUUUGUUGCUCUACCAAAUGGUAAUCAAAUCAAUGACUUAGGAACUGUACAAGGCAACGCUUUAAGAGACACCAUCACCCAAUAAAUGUGGGUUCAGUACCAGCAGCAUUUAAAUUAGUCUUCGAAUAGGUUAUAAUGAGUUUGUGUCAUGAAUAAGCUUUAAGAAAAGUUUUUUCAUGGAUUAUAAUUAGUGAUUUAGCUUGUAUCAUGAAUAUGCUUGUAAUAAGUGAAUGAUUUUUGUCAUAUUUGACAUCAAUGGUUGGAAAAGGGUCGAUCCCCAAAGUUUAAUAUGAUUGCAAGUGGGUCGCCAAAGUUGCGUAGGUUCCUAGAUACAACGAGUGCUACCAAAAAGAAGUCUUCUCCUAAAUGUAGUGGGGUUAAGAAGAUUGGAGGUUCUCCGAGAGGUAUGGUGUUCAAUGUUUCUUCAUGUUUUCUUGUAAAUUUUCUAUUAUUGAUGCUCUAAAAUUUCCAUUGUUUAUGUAGUAAAACAAUGGGCAAAUUGGAAUCCAAGACUUGAGAAGUCCCUUGUAGAUAUUCUCCAUGAAUAUACAGAUAAUGGCUAUAGAGGUGACAACGGUUGGAACUCUGAAGGGUGGAAUAAGAAGUUGAAGGAAUUCCAUCUGAGGAACAAGCAUGUGUCCUACACUAAGGCCCAAAUUCUAGGAAAGAAGGGCAGCUGAAGAGAGACUAAAAGAUGCUCCAAGUGGCAAGGAAGCAUAGUGGGUCCAACUGGAAUGAUGAAAGGAAUAUGGUUGAAGGACCACCAACUAUGUGGGAUAACCUCGUAGUGACAUUUCCUAAAAUAAAGAAGUUCCGCAACAACAAGGCAAGAGUUUCACUCUAUGAUGCCUUGGGACAACUUUAUGAUGGUCAUUUGGCUGAAGGAACUUAUAAUUUCGCUUCUAUGGAGUCACCACAAGAGGAACAACCGCUUCAACAAAUUCAUGAGGUACCAGAAGAAGAUGAUGAUGAUGCAACCACUGAAAGGGAUGAAGAUGUGCUUCAAAGAAGCGGACUACGAAGAACUACUACUGCAUCAAGAAACACACAAGGAAAGGAAGAGAAGAGGCCUAAGAGGAGUGCAAUGAUAAAAGAAAUGAUGGAGAGAUUCCUGGAAAUGAGGGAAGAAGAAGCUGCACGUCUGGCAAAGCAAGUAGAAGAAGAAUCUGCACGUCUAGCCAAGCAAGCAGAAGAAGAAGCUGCACGUCUGGCCAGGGAAAAGGAGGCUGCUGAAAUCAGGGAGGGGGAGAGGCACGAACUGGGAGCUGCUCGGCACUAAGGAUGGGUUGCCUGUGGUGCUCGCCAUGUGGACCUCACCUUGAAACUCAAGGGAUGUUGACGAACUAGAGCUGGAAGAGAAGGUUGACAAGUUUGUGUCAUCGGUGUCCGUGGCGGCGGCACGGUGAAGGAGCGGUGGCGAGCGGCGGAGCAGUGGGGAAGGGGCCAAGCGUGGA